AUGUUUGAAGACUGGAAUGUUGAUAACUCUACCGCUCGAAGACUUGCUUUAACAUUAUUUGACGAAGAUCAACUUGCAUCAGACUCAAAACAAAGGAAGUUCUUAAUCAGAAUGGAAUUUCCAUUCGCAGCAACAAUCUCUCCACGUUACGAGGUUAUUCUAGCUAUACAGUUUAUAUUCGAAUCAGUCAUGGUUUAUGGAGCAGCCACGUCGAUAGCACUAAUUGCAGCAUUAAUAUUACACGUUGGUAGUCAGAUUGACUUACUUUGCUGCAAAUUGACAGAAAUUUCUCAUAAUUGUGAUAAAGAAAAAUUGCAGAAACAUAUAAUAGAUGACAUCGUUGGAAAACAUCAACGAAUCAUACAAUUUUCAAAGAAUAUUGAGAAAAUCUUCACUUACAUAUCGUUAUGUCAAUUUGUAUCGAAUAUGUUAGUAAUCUGUUUCAUAAGUUUCAUUUUGGUGGUCUCUUCACAUAUGGAUCAAGCGACUGUGAUAAUAAUGAAAUGCUUUCCGUAUUACAUUGCUGUUAAUUGUGAAGCAUUUAUAUUAUGUUAUACUGGCGAAUAUCUUACUUCUAAGAGCGAAGAUAUUACUAAAUCUGUAUAUAAUUUUCUUUGGUACGAAUUAAAACCUCAAAAUGCUCGUGUUAUAUUAUUAAUGAUAUUGCGAUCACAGGGAAAAUUGACAUUAACAGCGGGAAAGUUUCUUUGCCUUUCUCUCGAGGCUUUUGCGAAUGUAAGACACUUGAGUUUAUAAUAUGAAAUGAAUACAUAUAAAGUAAGAAUGUACAUACGUUCCGAUUUUAUUAUUAUUAUUUUUUUAAUUUUUGUAAUUAGUUUCUAUGUAAACGGAUAUUUCGUUUUUAUAUAAUUAUAGUAAAUUAAAAUUUUUAGAUGUUAAAAGCAUCUGCUUCGUACGUGUCUGUUUUGUACGCAAUGUACUGAUUUGUUGAAAAAUCGUUUCAAAGUUUUAUAGGUUUUAUUUGAGCACGGAAAAUUUUAACAAAGGUAUCAUGUUA